AUGACACUUGACCAAUCCAAGGAGUUUGAAGCGAUGAAAGCCAUGAAUGCCUCUUUACAAAGUCAAGUUGAUGCCUUGAAGAAGCAAGUGGGUCCACGGAAUGCUCCGGUUGCGUAUGUCCAAGUAGGUUGUGAGCAUUGUGGGGAUUUCAAUCAUGGAAGUAGUGAGUGCUAUGCCACGGGUCAAGCGUGGAGAGAACAAGUGAAUUAUGUGGGAGGUCAACGCCAAGGGAAUGAUCCUUACUCAAAUACUUAUAAUCCGGGAGGAAAUAGGCCUCAACAACAAGGUCCUUAUCAAGGCCCUUAUCAUAAUAAUCAAGGGCAAGGAAACAACUAUGGUGGUAGACCUCAACACCCUCCGGGAUUUCAACCACAAAAGAAUAUGUAUGAGGGAAAUGUGCUCUCUAAGGCGGUAGAGCUUCGAAGCGGGAGGAAUCUUGAGAAAGCCAAUGGAAAAAAACAAGUGGUUGAGGAGGAUGAGCCUCAAGUUGUUGUUGAUAUAGCAAGCUCAAGUCGCGAGAUACCAAGGGAUGGUGAGGAAGUGUUUAUUGAGGUUGAAGAGCCUUAUGUGAGACCACCACCACCACCACCCUUGGCGGAUGCACUCCGGGAGAUGCCGCAAUAUGCCAAGUUCUUGAAGGACAUCAUUACCAACAAACGGAGUUGGGAUAGCGGUGCAACGGUUCCUAUUCCGGAAGUGUGUAGCUCAAUCAUCUUGAAUGAUCUACCGGCUAAGUUGAAGGACCCAGGGAGUUUCUCUAUACCUUGCACUAUAGGAAACAUGAGUUCCAUUAAUUGCUUAUGUGAUCUAGGUGCUAGCAUCAAUCUUAUGCCUUUAACUCUUUUCAGGAAGCUUUGUGGAGAUCAAACCGUGAAAAGCACCUCGAUGGUACUCCAACUAGCGGAUCAUUCGUUAAAAAGGCCGUUUGGGAUUGUUGAGGAUGUGCUUGUCAAGGUAGAUAAAUUUAUCUUCCCCGUUGAUUUUGUUAUAUUGGACUAUGCGGUUGAUAAGGAGUGCCCAAUGAUCUUGGGGCGACCCUUCAUGAACACCGGAAGGGCAUUAAUUGAUGUGCAUGGUGGGAAAUUGACCUUGCGAAUCGAUGAGGAAACGGUUGAGUUUGACAUGAAGAAGGUCAUGAGGGGUACCAUCGAGGAAGAGGAUUGUAUGAGGGUUGAUUUCGUGGAUAAUCUUGUGAAGGAUCAACUUGAAGCAAAUGUGGAAGUAAUGAAUAGGGGAAAUGUGCGAAAAAUUGAUGAUUUUGAGCUCCCAGACUCAUGUCUUGGUCGAGAAGCAAGAGACAGUGCAUGUCUUGGUCGAGAAGCAAGGUUUGAAAUUGCUUCGUGCAAAAAUGACCUUCAUGUCUCGACCAAGACAUCCUCUUCUCGAUCAAGACAAGGCAAAAAUUUGCCAUGUCUUGAUCGAGAAGCUCAUGUCUUGACCAAGACAUGA